CGCUUCACCGUCACCACCAAAAGCCUUCCGCAAUGUCUCUCCCCCAGCCCGUCCCCCCGUCCUGGAAGGACCUUGGCAAGUCCUCAAACGACCUGCUCAGCAGGGACUUCCCCAUCCACGGCGUCACGCUCGAGGUGAAGACGAACACACCCUCGAAUGUCGCCUUCAAGGUUGGCGGCACGCGCGACAGCAAGUCGGCGGCCAUCACCGGUGAUCUCGAGGGCAAGUACGUCGACCGCAAGCACGGCCUCGUGUUCACCCAGGCGUGGACGACGAGCAACAUCCUCCGUACCCAGGUCGAGCUCGAGAACCAGAUCGCCAAGGGCCUCAAGCUCGACCUGAACGCCGCGCUCACACCCGACAGCGGCUCAAAGAGCGCGCUCUUCACAACCACCUACAAGCAGCCCGGCCUCCACAGCCGCGCGUUCCUCGACCUAUUCAAGGGCCCCACUUUCACCGCGGACACCGUCAUUGGCCGUGAUGGCUUCCUUGUCGGUGGUGAGGCGUCGUACAACGUAACGGAGGGCAAGGUGACGCGCUACAACGCGGCGGUUGGCUUCAGCGCGCCCGAGUACGCCGUCACGCUACACGGUCUCGGCAACCUGAGCACGUUCUCCGCGAGCUACUACCACCGCGUCAACCCCGAUGUCGAGGCGGGCGCAAAGGCUGUCUAUGACACCAAGGCAACAACCGCGGGUGUGAACCUCGAGGUCGGCACCAAGGCUUACCUCGACGGCUCUGCGUUCGUCAAGGCGAAGAUCAACAACUCGGGGAUCCUCUCGCUCGGCUACACGCAGGCGCUCCGGCCUGGUGUCCGCGCCUCGUUUGGUAUUGCGCUCGACACACAGCGACUGAACGCUGUUGCACCCUUUGGCCCCGCGCACAAGUUCGGUGCCAGCUUUACCUUCGAAGGCUGAGCAGUGUGCUAGUAGUCGCGCUUUUCUGCGGGGGGUGCUCGGUAGAUUAUAGUGUUACUAGUUUACUUCACGAUGCAAUCAACGCCUGCUUUGUAUUCUCAA